AUGCCGGUUCGCCCACCAAAGCGACCGGCGGAAGCUGGCGAUCCUGCUGCCACUUCCGAUGGCGACUCCGCUCCCCCAGCUGGCGCCAAGGUGAAGCUGCCGCGCCUCGAGAAAGGUGCCCCGGAAGAUUUCUCAUCCGUCGUCAAGACUCGCCUGUCGUCCUACACGAGGACCGGACAGGCCUGCGACAGAUGCAAGGUCAGGAAGAUACGAUGCGAUGCCCUACCCGAAGGAUGCUCCCACUGCAUCAAUCAGAAUCUCGAAUGCUUCGUCACCGAUCGCGUCACCGGCCGAACCGAACGAAGAGGCUACCUUCAGGAGCUCGAAAGGGAGAAGACGGACAUGAUGAGCCAUAUCCGCGAACUCGAGAAGCUCCUCGAGAACAAUGGCAUCGAGGUCAAGCCUUACAAUUGGUCCCCCUACGGCACAAACUACCCGCCUCCUGGCGUCACCUACGAUCACAUGGGCAACCCCAUCCAAGACCCUGCCGAGAAGGAUGCUUGGACCAAGAUCGGCUCCGUCUGGGUCAGGAAUUACAGCUACAAGCCCGCCAGCAGUCGGUCGUUCCCACGCUCGACCCUUGAGUCGCGUCCCAUUCACAACCACCUCGGCGUUGGCUCCGCCGAUACCGCCCCUCUCAGCUCCAUUAAGGGUACCCAGCUCUCCAUCCUCGGAACAACAUUCGACGUUACAUCAUUUGACGCUCCCGACAUGGACGAGCCUGUGCCCGAUACCAAAGUCUCGCAACCUCUGUACAACAAAUCUUUCCAGUCGUUCCUCCAGUCAUGCAUGAACAUUAAUCCUCCCCUUAACAUUGAGCUCCCUUCGAGAAGCGACGCCUUCACCUACUCGGAAUGGUACUUCCUCAUGAUAUGGCCCUUUCUCCCCGUUCUCCAUAAGCCUACUUUCAUGAACAUAUUGACUCGCAUGUACGAUGAACCUGGCUUCGAGCCGAGCAUUCCUGACCAGGUCAUGGUGCACAUGGUCUUCGCUACAAUCUACUUCCAGUACGGUGUGCGGAAUUGGGAACAGCAAGAGACGCGUUCACAGCUUAACGAACUAUCCAACAAGCACUACCACUGGUCUUUAAGCAAGAUGUUCGACUUGGCCACCUCACAAUCCGUAGCGGCCGUCCAGGCCAUGGCCCUGAUUUGCGCACAUAGCCGUAGCUUCCCUAAGCCAGGGUGCGGCUCUAUGAUGGUUAACUUUGCCUUCCACCGCGCCAUCGACUUGAACAUGCACCGUGCCAUGAAGGGACCGGGCGAGACGACAAAUUUGGACAACGAGAUCCGGAAGCGCACAUGGUGGACCAUCCUCCUUGUCUAUGUCACUCUGAACGGGCGUCUUGGGAAGCCAAUGCCCAUCACGGUCGAGGAGUACGACGUCGAUUUUCCAGAACCGGUCCCCGACGAGGCCCUUACGCCAGAUGGUGUAGACCCGUCCGUCAAAACACCCUGUACGUACCACGUGGGACUGGCUGGAUUCAGGAUUUUGCCUCUUUUCAUGGAGAUGUACUCCAACAUAUACAGCGUGAGACGCGAUCCGAAGAACUACGUUGACGUGGUCAACUCCCUCGAGGAACAGCUGCAGCUGUGGAAGGAUAGCCUGCCUGAAUCUCUGCAGAUCAGCCCUGGCCAGACGGAGCACGAAGGCCGGAUGUAUGCUUUAUUUAUCCAGAUGUACGCCCUCGAAUUCCGUCUCUGCCUGCGUCACCCGUCUGUGGCCAUGACUAGCGACCGCAAGAUGCUUCUCGAGAACGCCCGCAUUUGCGAGGAAACCGCCGCGCAUAUGUUGAAUGUCGUCAAAAGCCUGCUCAAGUUGAAGUGCCUGGACACGACAUGGUAUCAGAUGGCCGUCUAUGGUGCUGCCAUCUUCACCACCUUGGUUGCCCACUGGGAGCGGAGGUUCGAGGCAACUCCCAGUCAGAUCGCCAUCCUUCGCGAUGAGAUGAAGGACUGGAUGGAGAUCAUCAACGCGACGGCUUCGCUAUUAGGGACUGGUUCUCGAAUCAGUAACGAAAUAAACGUCAUCAUUGAGAGGACCAUCACUUGGAUCGAGCACGACCAAAAGCAAAAGGAUCCAUCGAUCCCUCCUAUGAUCAAGCCUGACCCGGCAGAAUCAUCACCUUUCCAACUCACAUCACAACCGCCGACAACGCAAACGCUGGCUGCCAGUGCCGCCGAGACGGCUGCCAAGGCCUUCUAUUCGGAUUCUGUGGCCCAAAACGGAACAACUCCCUACCCGUCCUUGGCCUACGCCGAGCAACCAGCCAAUAAUAGCAGCGUAUCAUCGACGGCUGGCUUCGAAGCAAACAAUGGUUAUUCAUACACGCCUACAGGACAAUCAACGAGCGUGGCGGACGACAACUCGGCCGAGACCAACCCCUUGAUCGCAUUCGCAUCUCAAGCCACCCAACACGUUGCGGACCCUGCUAGCUCUGCGGCGGCGGCCGAGCUUCUUUGGAGACAAUCGGCAUCACAAGGGAACACCUGGCAUGACUGGACAGCAGCCAUGGCCGACAGUCAGGACAGAUACAGCGCCAAUGCCCUGCUGACCUUGGGUGGCGCAGCUCGAGACCCUGGCGCAGUGACGGAGAUGACGACUGUGGCCGACAUGACUACUGUAUCAGCCCCCGUCGGCCAGUGGCCCCUCAUCAUUUUUGACUCUGCAGCAGUGCCUGGUAGCCAGUAA